UCAGGUUCUUAGUAGUGAGAUGGAGAUGGUUAAGCAAUUACCGGAAGAAGAAUACGAAUCUUUCAUGGAACCGGUGAAAUAUAUGCAAGCAUCUCUUCCUAACUCGAUCAAAACAACAUGUGACGAAUUUUUGAUAAACUAUGACGAUGGUUUUACAGAAAUACCACCACAAAAACUUUUGCAUAAAAAUUGGAUAGAGAAAGAAGAGGUUUUAAAAGAUAUUACAAUUAGAAUACUUAAUACAUU